AUGGAAAAUGUGUGUAAGGAGGAGGAGAAGGAGGAGGAAGAAGAAGAGGAGGAGCAACAGGAUGAGGCGCAGGAGGAGGAGAAGGAUGAGGCGCAGGAGGAGGAGCAGGAGGAGGAGCAGGAGGAGGAGCAGGAGGAGGAGCAGGAGGAGGAGCAGGAGGAGGAGCAGCAGGAGGAGCAGGAUGAGGCGCAGGAGGAGGAGCAGGAGGAGGCGCAGGAGGAGGAAGAAGAAGAAGACUUGUUCACCAUAGACAUUAUACUUACCCAAUACGAGGAGUAUGUAAUCGGCGCAAUAGGAAAUGAAGAAUUGAGGAGCUACCUAGAGAGGUUUAUGUUCCAGUACAACUGCCUAGCUGAAUGUGAAAAAAAAUUAAUUGAAAUCAUAAAAAGCUGUGAAAAUUUUGAGUGUAAAAAAUUUCAAGCCCAUUAUCUGUUCAUAACAAAUAUAGUAAAAGAAAUAUGCCACAUGGAAUUGAUCCCUAUAAUAUACAGCGAAAUAUUAGAAGAGAGGAACGCCAGAAGUGAAGCUUCCUACCUGAGUAGGGAUUACUUCAUAGAGGUAGAAAAUCGGAAAAAUGCAGAAGACAAUUUCAAGGUCAUCUGUAAAAGGGUUUAUAAAAAAUACAUCCUUGCGUUUAUUAAGCUGUUGUAUUAUUCAUCCAAUCUGCCACCCCAUUUGCUGAACAAUUUAAUAAGUGCUCUGUCCUGUAUGUGCAUAUUAAUAUCCAAGUAUGAUACCUUUAGCGAAACAAAUGAGAAAUUUUCGGAGCUUAUCUAUAGAAUAUUUUGGAAUUAUUUCUCGAAAAGUUUUCAUUUUCAACAUGAGAAUUAUAUUUUCCCGGAGGAAAAUGGUGAUGAGGAGGAUGAGGAUGAUACAUCAUCUUCCUACUACAGUGAAUUGCUAAAUAAGGAUAGCUGCUUUCCCUACUAUAAUGUCCAUCCUAUUUUUAGCGAUAAGAGAAGAGACGACGUAACAAAUGAGUCAGCGUCUGUGACUGCUCCUGUGUCCGUUUCGGCUGAAAAGGAGAGCAACAAUUUGCAGAAAAAAAGAAAAAGGAGGGAAAGAAAAAUUAUCGAAAACUCGAAAGAUGUAAAAGGGGAAUGUUUCCCGAACGAGCAAGUAGAAGAAAAUUUCAAGAAAUCUGACGACCCGCUAUUUGAAGGUCAAAUUCUGCCAGGAGCUGAUACAGCUGGUGGGGACAAGGAAGAGAGUGAUUCACAACAUGGGGGUGAUUACACCGUACAGGGUGUCCACUCCGCUGAAGGCUGCCCUCCCGUCGAAAGCAGUGCCAAUUGCGAAAUUGAAAACGCAGGUGACGACCAAGCCAGUGCUGUGGAGAUGAGCGAAACUUACGCCAGAGUGAACAAGCGGUUGCAUGCGCAAAGUGGUGAGAAAGAGGAGAAAAAAAUAAAAAGGGAUAAUGAGGGGGUGCAAUUAGCCAACUGCUCCACCUUGCUGAAUGCAGAAUGUACAGAAAGUAGGGAGCACAGUGUAGUCCAUAGCAGAGAUGAUGACAACAUAAGCAGUAACCACACCCAGGAAUUGCAAGCAGUGCAGGAUGUAGAUGAACUAAUAGAAGGUGAAAGGAAGGACACUGAUGCUCCGCCGUGUACUUGUCCGUCUGUGCAUUUGGGUGAUGAGGGGGUGGAGAAGUUGGCGGAGGUAUAUGGCGAGAAAGGGAGAGUCGUGUGGAGAGGCCUCGCAAAGGGGGACACAGCCGAACAUCCAGGUGGAUACACCGGAGGAUGUGCAAACGGGUACGCAGGAGGGUACCCAAGCGAGUAUCCAAUCGGUCACCCCACAGGGCUUAUGUCCGAACACCCCACCGAAGAGACUACCGAGCGGAGAGACCCCUACCCCAGUGAACAGGACCUAAACCACGAAAACGUCAUGUUCGUGAAUGUCCUUCUAAACGUGUACGUAAGUUUAUUUAACACGAGAAGUAAGAAGAACUUCUUGUUCUAUCGUGACAAUCAAAUGGCUUACAACGAGUUCCUCCUCGACAACGUUGAAAUUGUGAUUGACCAAAUGAAGAAAAUGCUGAUCAAGAUCAGAAACAACUUGAGUCAAUCCAUAAUUUAUUUUUUGAAACUCAAAUUUUUAAUUCUUCUGUUUCUGAUUAAGUUAGCGAAAAAAAACUCGAAGCGUGCCAACGGGGGGAAGUCCGACGAAGAAUCUAAGAAGCAAAGCGAAACCGUUCUAGGCGGGGACAACCAGCAGGUCCCUAGCCGAGGUGGAUACGUGAACAGCGAUAGCUAUGCUAGUGGUAACAACUACGCGAAUGGCCAUGGGUAUCAUAACAAUUUUGGAAGCUACUACGCUGGUAACGGGGGUCAGAAGUGCAACGGCAAUCCGAACGACCUCCAAAAGGGAAACCUGAACUACUUCCAAAACGGUUACCCGAACACACAAGAGUCGGAUUUCUUUCCCGUGUGGAGACGGAACGAAUCUGCGGAGGACAGCAAAAUUUAUGUCAACCCCCUAAGUAACAGCAGCAUGAUCAACAAUGUGGACACGGCGUCUGUGCGGAGCAGCAUCGAUGGGGUCGGCAGUGCCUGCGACAACAUCGCAGGCUACGACCUUGGCGUUAAUAACGCGCUGCAGGAAAGUUUAAUGAGUGGUACCGGUGUAGGAAGCGACGUCGUUAGCGGCAUCGGCAGUCGCAGCCUCUACCCGAAAGACCACAGUGGCACGUACGCAGAUGGUAGUAAUAGCACCCCCACUAUGGAUAAUAACUUAAACGAAAACAGCAUCCAUAUCGGUAACGUUUCCGAAAAUUUCAGUGGAGACUACAGCGAUGGCAUGACGAGUAGGAACCGAGGGAGUGACUGCAUGGGCGGCAGCAACGAAUACAGUGGUGUGUUUAACGCAACCACGAGUGGAAGUCCAGAUGACGUAAUAAUUUCAACUAGGUAUGCAGCCUCAUGUGGCAACCAAUAUGGUGUGCUAAAUGUUACUAAUGAUGGCUCUGUAGGUGGCCCUAACGAGGGCACUAUCCAUUUCAGUAAAGAUCCUCCCACAAGUGGCAGUCAAUAUGGACUCAUAAACGAUGAACCAUACAGUAAUGUAAAUCCCAGUUAUUGCAAUGGGAUGGUUGAGGGGGUGUAUAGGACCCCCGAUUACAGCACGUACGGUGCGUAUUACGUGCAGAACAACGAUCGGAACAACCAUCAGCGUGUUUCACCUGGGAAGGCCUUACAGAGCGAGAAUAGCGUGGAAAAAGACCCCGUCAGGAGCCACUACUCGCCGGGAAUCUUUAUCAAUAACGACUCCGCCAAAGGGAUGAACGACAUCUUUUUGAGCAACAUGAAGAACAACCUGUUUGCGAACAUGGUUGUAACCAAUCCAGACAUGGUUCGCUUGGUAUCCCCGGGGCAGAGCUGCCCCUACGAUGGCAGCAGCUUCCCCUUUGCCAGCAAAAGUAGGGAGGAAUUGGGAGACACUUGCAACUGCAAGGGGCAGAUGGACGGUGAGGAAGGAGCCCAAGUUGUAGAGGGGGCAGAGGACGAAGAAGAGGAAGAAAGAAGGAAGAGAAAAAAAAGAGAAAUUGAAGAAGAGUGGGAAGGAGAACUGAGUGCAGGAAACGAAUUUCAGAUGGAGGACGUAAUUUUAAAUCGUGAUUUUUUGAGAGAAAGUGUAAAAAAGAGUACAUUCGAAAUUGUCACAGAUAUGAUAAAUAACUUAUUUAGCAAUGGCUUCUUAGAGAUGCUGGACAUCCUGGUCAAGUGUGUAGAAGUGAAUUUCAAAGAUGAGAAUCUUACAUUAAUUAAUCGAAUUUUUUCGUGCAUGUUGAAGAGCAUAAAAUAUUGUAGCGAAUUGAGCAAGUACAAAAUUUAUAUGUUCAUUUUGAGCAAAAUAGACAGGCUUAUUAAGAGUAAAAGGUAUGAAGAGAAUAACUCGACUCUGAACAACAGCAGCUGCUAUUUUUUGCUGAAUUUGAUUUCUAAUUUGUUUAAGAGGAACAAAAGGAGGAAAAGAAGUAACAUAUGGUACUUGUUAUUCGAGAUCCAUGUCAAUAAAAUGAAAAGGAAGAAGAUUAGUAUGAAAGUUAAGUCGAUCAAGGGGGAUGAGCAGCAGGUUCGCAUGUACCCUCCCCAUAUGCUUGACGUGAAUGAUUAUAUAAAAAACAACAAAUGUAAGAAUAGUGAAUUGGCUACAAAAAUACUGAUAUCGUCCCUGAUAAGAAGCAAGCAGAAGAGUAAGCAUCUCAAAGUGGAUCAAAUGAAAAGCAACAGCGUAAGCGCGUCAGAAAAUGAAAACGAUUUGAUGUCCCUACGUGAUGGGAAGAACUUUCUAAUAAAUAAUAUAAUAAAUUUUUUGCUGGAAUGUUGCAUUAGCAAAGGCUGCAUUGUGAGAUUUAUGAGCCUUAGAAUCUUCCACAUGAUGACAAUACUCUUUAUCGAAUUUAUCAGACAUAGAUCUUUAAGCUAUGAAGAGAAGCUGCUUAAGUAUUAUAUCAUAAAAUCGAUUUAUCAGAAUUUCUUCCUCUGUAUUUUUAACAUUUUAAAAGAACCAGAGACGAACAUUUUUAUUUAUAUCAAGUUUCGUAAUUUGUGUGUGAGUCUGUUAUUUAUUUGCUCCAAAAUUCUGCCCUACAGUUUUCUGAAUGAGUUUUACGAUAAAGUUAUUUCUUACCAGCUCUGCUGUGUUGACUAUUUUUACAGAUACAAGGAGAGUCUUUUCCUGAUUGAUAAAGAGCGCGAUCACUAUGAUGACAGAACGUUGAGGAGCAUAUACGCCAUGUUCCUAAGCAACGCAAAGGACCUCUACCUAUUCGCCUUCUUAGUGGUUUUUAAGAAUUUCAGAAAUAUUAUGAACUUAAAAAUUUUGAAGGGCAUUUUGAAGGUUUCAUCGGAGGAGCUUAAGGUGUUACUGGGAAACCUGGUGUCGCAGCGAGAGGGGGAUGGCUCCGAGAGGAAGGACAGGCAGGAGAAGAAAGACAGGGUGGGCGCGACUAACGGGAUGGUUAGCGGCACGGUUAGCGGCGCUGUUAGAGAUGAUGUGAUCGUGUUCUCCGUGGAUGUGAGCGCGGAUUUGACGGUCGAUUCGGAAGGGGAAGUACAAAACGGGCAGCCCAGGGAGGCGCAAAACGGCGGCGGCUACCCCGUAGAUGCGAAGGAAUCGAGUAGCCUAAGGAAAAGAAAAGAAAGCAGCAAAGUAGAAUUGUUUCGAGUAAAAAACAUAAACAUGAAGGAUUUUCUCACCAACGAGAUGCAGAUAAAACUAGAAAUAAAAGAGCAAAAUGAAGAAGAAAAGAAAAGAACGACGUACAACAAUUUGUAUUUUAUUAACAUAUUCUACAUCGCAGAAUUAAAAAAACUUAGCACAUAUGACAAUAAUUUUAUAUAUUACAUUUUCAAUUGCAUUUUUUGUUUUCUGACUAUAUAUAUAAAUCGGUUCACUUUUUUCUUUUACUUUAUUGAAAACGAGAGCAACCAUCACAACAGCUGCAUUUACUCUGAUAAUUCCUUCAACAAUAAUAGCAGCAGCAAUGGCAACAACAGCAAAGACGUUGAGUAUUCAGGCGAAAUCAAUGAGCAAAAGUAUGUGUUGGAGCUUAUCCCGGAAAUUCUGACACUGUUCAGAGAUUUCUUACACAUUAUUACGGUGAUGGAGGAGAAUUUAAUCAGUGUAAAUAUCCAAUCUUUGGUGAAGAAAAAAACGAGAGGAAGCCAAUUGACAAAUAUACGAAGCCUCAGAAGAUUGGUCAUCCUAGAGUUACAGAAGUUUUAUUUCAUUUUCGUCAAACUGUUAAAAGUCCUUUUCUUACUCAACAGAAUAAAUGGCAACUCCAUAACCCCCUUUGAGUUUUUCUUUUUUAAACUGAUACAGUUGCUAGACAAUGAACUGAUAGGGGUUAACACCAAAAGACAAAUUUUAGAAUUCUUAAAAUAUUUCUCCUACAAGAAAAAGUUCAAGGAUACCAUCAUUAGCAGGAUUAACCAUUUCUAUUCCAAAUUGAGAAGCAAGAGGAAGAAAAUCUCGGACAUUUUUUCGAAAAAGAAAUGUAAAAAACAGGAACUGUACUUCUCUUCCAUCAGAAAGCAUGACAUUUUUGCUUCUAACUCAGAGUGCGUUGAUGAUCGCAAAGGGGAAGUAAGCGGCACCCUCGGAAGGGGAUACAAUCAUCCGUAUGGUUACGACAAUUCUUUCAAAGCAGAGGGGGAAGAGGAGAAGGUGCUAGAGGAGCCCCGCGUUGAUGCACCCCAGCUAGUGAAGGAACCAACGGGGAUGCCCCCCCCGACCAAGGGGGAACCACGAUCACAGGCGCACCAACUACAAGCGGAGCAAUCGAAGCAGUCUAAGCAGUCUAAGCAACCGCAAGACUCUCAACAAGCGCAACAACCGCAAGAGCCGCAGUUGUUGCAACAAACACAAGAACCGCAGGCGCCGCAACAACCGGAGACUCCACUGCUGCCACCCGAAACGGCUAACCAAAACGAGAAAAGGAAGUCGACCAGGAGGAGGUCUGGAAACAACAGCCGAAGGAGCAGGAGCAGCGCGAAGAAGGGGCAACCUGGGAGGAACAAUUCGGAGCAGGCCAUGGCGGCUGCCAUAGAAGCGGUAUCCAAGGAAGAAGACACAAAUCCCAAAAAUAACGGCGCAGACCAAGACAGGAAAACGCCAAACCAAGGCGGAAGUAAAAGACGAAGCCAACGGGGCAACGCAACCGGUGAUAAUGUCAUCGCCGCGGAAGCGGAUAAAACGGUACCCAGUACAUGUGCCGUCGACGCAGAGGGUGUAGAACCCACCAACGUCGCCACCAACAGUGUAGGGGCAAACGAUGAAAAAGGUGCGAACGAUGCAGACGAUACACAUGCGAGGACAACAACGAGGACAACCGCGAGGACAAGAGCAAGUGGAAGCAGGAGGAGGAAAUGCAGUAGCACGACCAAGGACGAAGUGAAGAUUGAUAUUGACCCAAGCUGCUUGAUCGGCGCAGAGCAGCUGAAGGAGCAGGAGGAAGAGAAGAACAAAUGGGAUCCUACGAAAAAUUGCAAAACAGAAAGUGAAGUAAAAAUGGAGCAGCAAGCGGAGGUGGAAAAUCCACCGAGUAAUACACCUGAGCCGGAAAUUAGGAGAAGCAGAUAUGGUAGAAAAAGUGGCGUUAACACGAAGGAGAAAAAUUUUAGCCUACUGAUUGAAGAGGAACAUGAGCAGAAAAGGAAACACAGGCGAAUGAGAAGGAGUAAGGCUUCAAGUGCGGGGGAUAGGAGAAGGAGAAACAGAGCAAAGAAGGAGGAAGAAGUUAAGGUAGAAGUAGCUAUGGAAGCUGCAGAAGGAGCAGCGGUAGAGGCGAUGGCCCCCCCCAGUGAGUUUCCAGGCGAUAUUCCUGGAAAUGCCACAAGCAGGGAACAACCCCAAAUGGAAAGCGACAAAACAUGUGACAAUAACAAUAAUGAAAUGGAUCCUGCGAAGAUAACGACAGAUGGCUUCUUCCCCGAAGAGGCCUCAACUCAGAAAGGAGAGACGAGGGACAUUUUGGUAGAUGAGAAAAGAGACUCAACGGCGAACAAAGCCGAGGGAGGAGAACAAAUUUUGGAACAUACAAAUGAGAAAAGCACUAGGUUAAAAAUUGUCCUAAACUGUAAUAGUAACAUGAUAGCCGAGAUGAACAGGUUAAAUUACUUUAGGAAGAACAGCGCUCUAAGCAGCUACAAAGAUUACAAGGUGGAAAAAAUUUUCUACGACAACUUGGAGCUGUUCCUAUUAAGCAUAUUCCUAUUUGAAAAGAGCACCAAAUUGAACAGCACGGAUUUUUUUUGGCAAAAUUCUGACAGAAUAAAUGAAGUAAUUGAGUUCUGCAAGAGGCAUCAUAUCGAUAGAGGGAUAGAAAAAAUUAUAAAGCAUUUAUUUUCUUAUUUAAGUGAAAUAAAAAACAACAAAAAAUAUAUCCAGGGAAUGAUAAAAUUAAUUACCAGCACGUUUUGGUACAUUCCAAUGUACAAAAUUUCGGAUUCCCCCUUUUUUUUUAUUUCCUUUUGUUGUCUCUUUAAACAUUCGAAGAAGAAAGAUGUGAACAAAAUAAUUAUCCAAAAUUUUAUUAUCAUUUGCUUGAAUUAUAUUGACACAUUAAGGAAGCGAACGUACACCAGAAGGAGAAGUCGCAUGUGGUUUAGGAGCCUCCAUCGUAGGAGAAUUGAACAAGCGGAGCAAAGAACGACAGAAGUUGGACAGAAUUAUGACAAGUUUGGAGCAUCUCCUGUGGAAGAUACGGGUCAGAAGGUUGUCACUGAGGUUGAGUGCACCAUUGAUGAGCCUGUGGAACGAUGGAUGGAACUACCGGGGCUGGCCGACGCAUCGACCAUUGUGCCAAUAGAGGCCACUGCUGAAGCAACAGGCAUAGCAGCAGGCGUAGAAACAGGCGUAGAAACAGACGUAGAAACAGGCGUAGAAACGGGCGUAGCAGGAGACGUAGCAGCAGGCCUAGAAACGGCCGUAGCAGCAGACGUAGCAAACUUAAGUGGCUUAAAUGGCGUGACGCCCAUAGGGGAUGUUGGGGUCAAGGAGAAGACAAGUAAACGCUCUAGGAGCAGAAAGGGGAGUAGCAGAAGAGGGGCCAGUAGAAGCUCGAGAAGGAACACCAAGAAGGGGGAGGGAGCGACUGCCCAGGUGGUAACGUUAGAGCAGGUGAUUGCGAAUAAGGCCCUAGCGGAGGAGGGAGGAAUCAACCAAGUGGCCACUGCUACGGUGGAAAUGGUUCCAGCGAUAGCCGCUGAAGGGAUGGCCACAGAAGAGAUGGUCGCAGAAGAGAUGCCCACUGAAGGGAUGCCCACUGAAGGGAUAGCCGCUGAAGACAUGGUCGCAGAAGAGAUGCCCACUGAAGGGAUGGUUUUUGAAGGCAUGGCAGCUGAAGCCAUGGUCACUGAAGAGGCGACCGCGAAACCAACAAAUAAUUACUACGAGAACAACUGCAGAAGUGGCCGCAGGAACAGCGGAAGUCACAGGGUACCCAGUGCGAUGAGCGGUGUAACGCCGAGUGAUUAUUUCCACCCCCGAGAGGUGCUCCUUUUCCAGCGAAACGAGCGAGAAGAGAAAGAAAUAACAGACAAGCUGCUCCUGAACCUGAUUAACCUGUACAUAAAUUUCAUGUGCUCCUUUUAUUUCUACUACUUAACUUUUUACGAAGACAACUACAGCAUUUUGAAGAACAUUUUAUUUUUAGGCAUAGAUAAGGUACUACAGAAAAAGGCGAAUAAAAAAUUGACUAGUUUUGUUUUGUCAUUUGUGUACAUUUUAAUGUGCCUUUUGUUAAAAGUGAAGAUAAAGGAGGAGUUCAUAUUAACGUUGAGUAGGGACAAAACAAAGGGGCAAAAGGAAAUGAGAAGAUGCCAACGGAGGAGAAGCGAAAAAAGAGAAUUUCGAAAAAAAGUGGAACAUAUUAGUGGAAAAAGCAGAAGUAAUGAAAACAAAAUAAGCGAUUUGCGCGGAACGGGAGCGGCAGCAAAUGACAAGAGACAAAAGGAGGAAGAGAAGAAGUUUGUAGUGAAAUAUUUAAUUAACCUUAUAGACGAAAAGAAAAACAGAAAUGUAAACCAAUUUAGCAAGAAAAAAUUCAGGAAAAAUAUAAAACAAGUUUUAUGUAUAAAAAAUGGUGAACAGUUGGAGAAUUACAGUUUUUUUCCAAAAAGGUGUUUCUACAAAAAUAAAGCGGACAAACAUAUAGAAAAGGUGUUCCAUGUGAAGAAGAAAAAAAAAUUAGUUCUUACAAGUUCGUUAAAUUUGAAGGAAAACUUAAAAAAGUUAAACAACAUUUGUGUUAAUUUUUCGUAUAAUUUUAUUUUCUCCCUUUUAUCGGAGCCCCUAGCAUUUGAAAAGAGCAACAAAUGGCUCAUCAGUCAUGUUUUUAAGAAAGAUAUGAAGAAAGACACCAACUAUGCGAAAUAUAACUUUCUUGAUUAUAUUAUAUAUUCAUGUUUUUACACCAUUUUUCGCAAAACGAAAUUAAUUAAGAUGGUGACGACAAAUUAUCAGAAGGUUUCGCCUGACACAAAAAAUAGCAAAAAAAAUAUGGGAAAUAUUAAAAUGAAGUCGUACAUAUAUAAUCAGAAAAAAUACUCCACCCUGCAAUUUUAUUUGGCCGUUGAAAUCCUCAAUUUAAUUUUUAACAAUUUAAAAUAUCUUCCAUUUAGUUCGAUAAAGCUAAUUAUUGACAUAUUUCUGAACAGAUUAUUUUUAAGCGUAUGGAUAGAUGGCAAGAAGGAAGAUAUAAUAAAUAAAUUUCAGAUAUUAUUUCACAAUUUUUUCUGUGAAAUUUUUCAUUUGCAAUCUGAGAAAAUUACGCAGUUGCCGUAUUUUGUGUAUCAAUAUCAGAAAAGUAUCUUUCUUGUAAAUUUGGUCAUAAACUCUGUUGUGUGCCCGAAGAAGAAGCCCGUGGAUAAUUUCAUCCUUCUGGACCUUUUGAACCACUGCUUCCCGGGACCCGAUUUGGACGACUGUAAUAAUUCGUCCGAUAAGAAGAACGAGGACAAGCAGCCCGUGGAGGGGUCGCAGCGCAUGUUGCGAAGCAUGAAGGUGAACCAUCCGAGUUGA